UCUAAAAUUAGCAUUACUGUUUAAAUUUAAGCACUCCACACCUCAUCGUGAUAAUUAGCAUUCAAAUUAUCAAAUGCUUUUGAAAACCUAAGCGAAGCUAGGCAGUAUGCCUAGUACUAGAUCUAUACAAAAAGCGGCCAUCUGUAAGUUAGAGUGGCUUCCCCUGAAUCUAGCGCUAUAAGUUACGUAACAAUAAAAAAAAUAAACAAGAUGGCUGCUAUAGUAAAUGAAAUGAGCAUGGUUGCAUCUGUUGGAAACAUCGCUAGUCUUCAUUUAUGACUGAAUUUUUUAAAUUCAAUUGUUUAAAAACAGUUCAUUUCUAAGAAGCUGUCAAGCAUGGAGGUUAAAACAGAUGUGUUAUCUGCAGUUUUAUCUACUGUAGAUAUACAGACAAAUAAAUUAACAAAGUUUUCAUCUUAUGAAGAUUUAAAACCUGAUAUAUCAACCAUAGUAUUAUCAUCUUCUGAAGACAUAAAAACAGAAUUAACAUUUUUUAAUUUCCAGGAUAUAAAACCUGACAUGACAUUUAAAACCCAUCAAGAUGUUAAACCUGAUGUUACACCAGAAUUUUCUUCUUCUGAUGACGUAAAAGCAGAAUUAUCAACAUUGUUUUAUUUCCAGGAUAUAAAACCUGAUAUCACAUUUAAAAACCCUCAAGAUGUUAAACCUGAUGUUACACCAGAAUUUUCUACUUCUGAUGACAUAAAACCAGAAUUAUCAUUUUUUAAUUUCCAGGAUAUAAAACCCAACAAUUCAUUUAAUACUUCUCAAAAUUUUAAUCCUGAUAUUACAUUUUCAAUUGAAAAAAUGAAUAAGAAACCUCCUGCAACAGCAGUAUUUUCAACAUCUGAAAAUUUAAAACCAGAAUUGUCAACUACUGAAAAUUUAAAACAAGACUUGGCUAAAGAAUUUAUAUUUUGUGAGGACAAACAACAAAAUGGACUUGAAGAAAAUCUACAAAUGUCUAUGGACAAAAAUAAGGUGGUUCAUUGUCAGCAAAUAUUUUCUCAAAGUUCUAAUAUUAAUAUGCAUAAAAAUGUCCAUUCAGGAGAUAAACCACAUGAAUGUGAUGUUUGUCAUAAAAGGUUUUCUCAAAGUUCUAAUUUAAGAAAACAUAGAACGAUUCAUUCAGGAGAAAAGCCACAUGAAUGUGAUGUUUGUCACAAAAGAUUUAGUGAUAAUAAUGGUCUAUUACGACAUAAAAAAGUUCAUUCAGAAGAUAAGUCGCAUGAAUGUGAUGUUUGUCAUCAAAGGUUUUCUCAAAGUUCUAAUUUAAGAAGACAUAUUAUACAGAUUCAUUCAGGAGAAAGGCGUUAUGAAUGUGAUGUUUGUCACAAAAAAGUUAGUGAUAAUAAUGGUCUAUUACAACAUAAAAAAGUUCAUUCAGAAGAUAAGUCGCAUGAAUGUGAUGUUUGUCAUCAAAGGUUUUCUCAAAGUUCUAAUUUAAGAAGACAUAUUAUACAGAUUCAUUCAGGAGAAAGGCGUUAUGAAUGUGAUGUUUGUCACAAAAAAGUUAGUGAUAAGAAGGGUCUAUUACGACAUAAAUUUAUUCAUUCUGGAGAUAAACCACAUGAAUGUGAUGUUUGUCAUAAAAGGUUUUCUCAAAGUUCUUAUUUAAGAAAACAUAAAAAGGUUCAUUCAGAAGAAAGGCCUCAUGAAUGUGAUGUUUGUCAUAAAAAUUUUGUGGAUAUGAAGGAUCUAUUACGUCAUAAAAUUGUUCAUUCUGAAGAUAAGCAAUAUGAAUGUGAUGUUUGUCAUAAAAGGUUUUCUCAAAGUUACAAGUUAAGUGAACAUAAAAAAGUUCAUUCUGGAGAUAAACCACAUGAAUGUGAUGUUUGUCAUAGAAGGUUUUCUCAAAGUUCCAAUUUAAGAACACAUAAAAAGGUUCAUUUAGGAGAAAGGCCACAUGAAUGUGAUGUUUGUCAUAAAAGGUUUUCUCAAAGAGGGGUUGGCUUGCGUCGAGCCGCAUGCGGCUCUUUUAAUGUCAAGAUUUGGUGUCAAGAUUUCUGCGUGGUCGAGUCGGUAAAGCUCAUGGUUGCUAAACCGAAAAGUCUCGAGUUCGAACCCUCGGGCAGAUGAGGCUCGUUAGCUGGGGACAGCCACUCUUCUAGGAGAGACAACUCCAAAAUUAAACAACUGCUGCCUUGUAGUUUGUUCUUGGUUGGACAAAGGCUAUGGAAGCAAAUCCAAAAAGAAAAGCAGGCUGAAAUCUGAGUCAAUGGCCUCAAUGGCGCAUAACCAGUUGACACGUAAUGCUUAAUUGUGUUGGAGGCGUGGUCGAGUCGGCAAAAAGCUCAUGGUUGAUAAAUUCGAACAAAAGCCUCGAGUUCAAACCCACUGGCAGAUAAAUCUCGAUCCCCUUCAACACUAAUAAUUAAGAACGAAGAAGAAGAAGAAAGAAGAAGGCUCUUGUCUUGAGUUCCAUACACACGUUAUUUUAUUUUCAAGACUCACAAAAAAUAUUAUACUGUAAAAAAAAACAACUUUAAUAAAACGGGAUGAAAAUACUCAGAUAACAAUGAGAGUAGGUGUGGUAGAAAAUUUGCUGACAGUCAGUUGGACACUAGACCUGUUUAAAAACAGGUGCAUAAAUGAAACAAGGAACUCCGAAGUUUCACUUUUGUAAGACAAAUCUUGAUUGGCUGUAUUGAUCUCUGAGAUAGAUCCUCUCAAAAUUACACUUAAUAAAAAUGUUAUAGUAUUUAAUUUGUACUCAAAACUUUGUCAAUUAUUUAAGUCAAUACAAUUUUUAGGGGCCUAAAUAAAUUUUUUUAAAACCAUACAACUUA